CCUGGCGAGAAUCAGUCAGCCUGGCGGGCCAUGGCGGAUGUCCCAGGGGUGCAGCGAGCUGUUUCCAGCGGUGGCCCAGAGCCCCGGGACCCCCUGGAUUGCUGGGCUUGUGCUGUGCUGGUCACGGCUCAGAAUCUGCUAGUGGCUGCUUUCAAUCUUAUCCUGCUGGCGCUGGUACUGGGGACCAUCCUGUUACCUGCUGUCAUCAUGCUAGGCUUUGGCUUCCUCUGCCACUCACAGUUCCUGCGCUCCCAGGCACCCCCUUGCACCGCGCAUCUGCGGGACCCGGGCUUCACAGCCCUGCUGGUAACCGGAUUCCUGCUGCUUGUCCCACUGCUCGUGCUUGCCCUGGCCAGCUACCGCCGUCUCUGCCUGCGCCUGCGGCUGGCCGACUGCCUCGUGCCCUACAGCAGAGCACUCUAUCGCCGCCGGGGUAGCCCACAGUCCGGGCAAACUCGGGCCACACCAGGAUCCCAGGCAGUUCCCACAUCAGGAAAGGUCUGGGUCUGAGGACAAGGACAACCCUGAAGGACUGCCCUCCUUCCCAGCAACCUGAGGACUUGAAGCCCUGAGAAUCUCUCUGCCUGCCCUGCUCCCACCCCUAAGCCGGGUACUAGCAUCUCCUUGGAGUAUAACAGCAUCCAUGGGCACUUUGCUGCUGAGAAAUGCCAGACCCUGGAAAACCCACUUUCCUUCCAUUGGCCGUAUCUGAAUCCUGAAAAUCUGGGCUGGACCCUACACACACACACACACACACACACACACACUCACACUCACACACACACUCAUACUCACACUCAUACACCCCUUGUGAAUAAAGCAACUGAGCCUGGUGUCC